UUUUACACUUCUUUCUUUUCGAACCUAAAUUAUUAAAGUAGCUAAAUAGCUAGCUAGAGUUUGAUUACUGUCGGUGAGGAUCGAUGGAAGAGGCACUGUUGGAAAGGAGGAAAGAGUUGACAUGGGGCAGUGCCCUUGUAGAAGAACUAAAGAAGGUGAUGAAGAUGGCGGCUCCGAUGGUGGUGGUGACUUUGUCUCAGUACCUGUUGCAGGUUAUUUCGAUGAUGAUGGUUGGACAUCUUGGGGAACUCUCUCUUUCUGGUGUUGCUAUUGCCACCUCUUUCUCCAUUGUCACUGGCUUCAGUCUCCUUGUGAGUUUAAUUGACAUGGUUGGAGGUUUGGAAACUUUAUGUGGCCAAGCAUAUGGAGCAAAGCAAUAUCAGCAGCUUGGAACCUACACAUACUGUGCCAUAAUUUCUCUCACUUUGGUUUGCUUACCAGUGUCUCUCCUUUGGAUAUUCAUGGAAAAACUGCUAAUAUUGUUAGGCCAAGACCCUUUAAUCGCACAAGAAGCUGGCAGAUAUGCAAUUUGGCUCAUCCCUUCACUAUUUGCCUACGCCGUUCUUCAAUCGUUGGUUCGAUUCUUCCUAGCUCAGGGCCUGAUUUUCCCAAUGCUCUUAAGUUCAUCCUUGGUUCUGCUUCUCCACAUACCUCUAUGUUGGGCUCUAGUCUUUCCGUUGGGAUUAGGAAAUAUUGGCGCAGCUUUGUCCACAGGUUUAUGCAAUUGGUUGAAUACAAUCAUCCUUUUGACUUACUUGAAGUAUUCUUCAACAUGUGAGAAAACUCGUGUCCACUUCUCAACUGAUGUUUUCAUAAGCAUUAAGAAGUUUUUUGACUUGGCCAUCCCCUCUGCUGUAAUGGUUUGUCUUGAAUGGUGGUCAUUUGAGCUGCUUAUUUUACUCUCUGGGCUUCUACCAAACUCGAAACUUGAAACUUCAGUGCUUUCUAUUUGCCUCACAACAACUUCAUUGCACUUCUUUAUACCAUAUGGUGUUGGUGCAGCUGCAAGCAACCGAAUUUCAAAUGAAUUAGGAGCCAAUAAUCCACAUGUAGCUCGGGUAGUUGUUCAGGCUGCAAUGGUUCUUGCAGUUACUGAAGCUGUCAUCGUGAGCACAAUUCUCCUCUGCUGCCGUUCUGUGUGGGGUUAUGUUUAUAGUAAUGACAUGGAAGUUGUCAAUUAUGUCAAGCGACUUUCUCCACUGCUUUCCCUCUCACUUUUCGCAGACAGCUUACAAGCAGUACUUUCAGGGGUUGCUAGAGGAUGUGGGUCGCAGCAUAUAGGGGCCUUUAUAAAUCUUGGUGCAUAUUAUAUAGCUGGAAUUCCGGUUGCCGUCGUAUUGGGUUUUCUUCUACAUCUGAGGGGAAUGGGGCUUUGGAUCGGAAUGAUGACAGGCUCUUCUGUACAGGCAUUGUUGUUCAUUCUCAUAACGUCCUUCAUAAAUUGGCCAAAACAGGCAACCAAGGCAAGGGAGAGGAUAUUUAAAGAUUCAUCUGCUGGGAAUGUGUUAGAUUAAAUCCACGUAUGUGCCCAAGAUUUCAACAAGCAAAUUGAAGUCAUUUCAGUCAACUACAGUGUUCUGAUUUGUGGGCUCAUAUAUAAAAUAUGAGAACUAUGAGAUGAUAAAAUAUGAGAAUUAUGAGAGAAUAUUUGUUUAUAGAAAUUUUCUGUGUAUUCCUCUCCUUGUA